GGAAGUAACGCAGUAGUCUUCGUGCGGCAUUCGUCGCAUUAAGACUUCUCUUUGCGCGGAAAGAUCUGAAUCGUGUGUGAACACGUGGCACAACAACGUUAAUUAGUGAGAAACGAUUAAGCAAGAUUGAUUAAAGUCUCCAGUCUGAUAAACUCGUGAUUAAAAAAUGUGGCCUUUCGCUGCCGUGUUCGUCAGUUUGCUGUGCAUAUUGACGCCGUCGACGCACUCUCAAGAAUUCUGCACAAAUCCAGAAGGUCAACCCGGUACAUGUAUUAAUAUCAGAAGUUGCUCAGCCUUACUCAAUCUACUGCAAACUGGUUCUCAAAAUCCAGCGGUGAACAAUUUCCUUCGUUCUUCCGUUUGUGGCUACGAAGGUAAAGAUCCUCGAGUUUGCUGUCCAUCCGACAGGGGCGGCGGAAAUGCAGAUGACACGGACACAGUGGCUGGCGAUCGAGGUAGCAAAGGAGUCACAAAAACUGCGUACGGUCCUCUGUAUCCGCCUGAAUGCGGAUCCAGUAAUUUGACGUUACGCAGAAUCGUUGGUGGCGAACCAGCGACGUUAGGUGCUUGGCCCUGGGCUACCGUUCUGGGAUACAGGAACAGAUUGAAUCGAAAUUCUCCAAAAUGGCUUUGCGGCGGUGUUCUGAUUUCCAAGCGGCACGUGCUCACUGCCGCGCAUUGCGUGUACCAACAAAACGAUUUGUACAAAGUGCGUAUUGGCGAUUUGGAUCUCAAGAAUGAUUACGAUGGAGCGACUCCAUUUGAGGACUUCAUCGAGAGGAAAACGAUACAUCCCAGAUAUGAUCCCAAAACUAUUACGAAUGACAUCGCGAUUCUGAAAACGACUAGGGACGUGCCUUUUUCACCUACGCUUCAUCCCGUUUGCCUCCCGGUAGAUGAAUACAACAGGUACAGGAAUUUGGACAACUCGUUUCCUUUCGUUAUUGGAUGGGGAUCUAUUUACUUCCGUGGGCCCGCAAGUAGUCAGUUGUUGCAGACUCAGAUGCCUGUACGUACAGAGCAGGAUUGCAAACAGGCCUUCCGAAACUUCAAAUCAACUAUAAUCGACAAUCGCGUUUUAUGCGCUGGUUACACUCAAGGUGGAAAAGACUCGUGCCAGGGUGAUAGCGGUGGACCACUGAUGACUCCGGAUCCUCGAACCAGAAAGUUUUAUGUUGUUGGAGUAGUAUCAUUUGGCUUUAAAUGUGCCGAACCUGGUUUUCCAGGUGUAUAUACUAAAGUUACAGCCUUCCUUGAUUUCAUCACGAGCCAAUUAGUAUAAAUAAUUUUGCACUUACAUGAAAAAUCGAAUUAUACGCUUUCUAUGAUCGAAAUAUGUGUGACUGUCUCUGUCUGUUAUACUUAACCUCGUCAGGGACACAUGUACGUUUAGUUUUCUUGAAAGUAAAACACGUAAGAAAAUAUGUAUACAGUUAUCGUUUCGAGUGAUAAUAUUUCUUAUGUGUUGAAUUGAAAAAAAUCAUCCCUGAAGAGGUUAAGCGAAAUUAAAUAAUUUAUUAAAACAAAAACACAAAACACUUACAGCAAACUUGUACUUCUGUAUGUAAUCCACGUAAGUGUUGCCCUCUAUGGAAAGUGUAGAAUGUGAUUUCAGUAAAUCGAUAGUAUCAUACGUAGGUAAAAUAAAUGUGCACUUAACAUACACCUAUCCUCUUCACUACUACAUGAAUCCAAAAUUGAGGCAAUAAAUAAUAUUACGAAACGUUUAAA